AUGAAGGGCAACAAUAACGGCCAGCAGCCGGCCGCUGACGAGUUCGAGAUUGACGUCCUCCAGAGGCCCUACAACACCGGCUACGAAGCUGCCUCUCCCCAGGGUCAGAAUUCGAGGGACUUUACCAGACCCUACCGACCUGGCCCUCCCGUCCAGGGAGAUGCCUCGAUGGCCUCCUUGCCUUCGCAUCACUGGGGCUCUAGCACCCAGACCUUGACCGAAGGAGGUAUGCCGCCCCACGCCUUCGACUCCAUGCCCCCGUCCCCGGGAUACGGCUGGGGUAGCGAGAGCGGCCGAUCGACGCCCCUCGGGAACCGCAACAGCAUGAUGCAUCAGAGUCAGGCUAGCUUUUCCAACGCCAGCCACACAAACCUUCUGUCGCGCCCGGCUUCCCCGGUUCUCAUGCAGGCUCCAGUCAAGGGCGACUUUGGAAUCGCUGAGCUGCACGAGCGCGAUGACUCCGACAUCUGGAAGGGAUGGCGUCGCAACGUCUACUACCUCAUUCCAUUUUUCACCAUUGCCGCGUCGCUGCUGUACCUAACCUACCUUGGCCUCCGUAUUGCUUGUGUCAUCUUCGCCCAGCAGGAGCAGGAUAAGGUCUACGCUCAGGCCUGGUUCUUCAUUGCUGUCGAGCUCUGUGUCGCCCUUCCUCCUCUCAUGCACAACAUGUGGACCAUGUGGGCUGUUAAGAAGCGCGGACGCGCAAAGCUCCGCCUGGUCGGCAAUGACGUGCCUACCGUCGAUGUAUUUGUUACCUGCUGUGGUGAGGAGGAUGAGGUCGUCAUGGAUACCGUCCUCGCCGCUUGCUACCAGGACUACCCCACCGGUCGCUUCCGUGUCAUUCUACUCGACGAUGGCAAGUCUGCCGGCCUCGAGAAGGCUAUGAGCGAUCUGGCCACCACCUUCCCCAACACUUAUUACAUUGCUCGUCCCAAAUACCCUGGUGUCCCUCACCACUUCAAGGCCGGUAACCUCAACAAUGGAAUUGACGCCUCCAAGAACUUUCCUGGUGGCGGUAGUUUCUACAUGGCGGCCCUCGAUGCCGAUAUGAUUCCCGAGCCCCACUGGCUUCGCUCUAUCCUACCUCACAUGCUCAAAGACCCUAAGGUUGCCCUGGCCUGCCCGCCUCAACUGUUCUACAACACGCCCCCUGGUGACCCUCUCUCACAGAGUCUCGACUUCUUCGUUCACGUUAUUGAGCCUAUUAAGGACUCUCUCGGCGUCGCCUGGUGUACUGGAUCUGGCUACGUGGUUCGCCGCGACGCCCUCGAGGAGAUUGGCAACUUCCCUCUCGGUUCUCUCGCCGAGGAUGUCGCUACCUCUACCAAGCUCCUGGCCGCCGGAUGGAAGACCGCCUUCAUUCACGAACCCCUACAAUUCGGAACUGUCCCCGAGGACUUCGGCGGCCAUCUGAAGCAGCGUACGCGUUGGGCCAUUGGAACUGUCGACACCUCAAUCAAGCUGAGGUUCUCCCUUUGGGGUAAGGAUGUCAAGGGCAUGACUUUCCCUCAGCGUUUCUCUGGUUUCCUCUACGCAGUUCUCAACCUGUACACCAUUAUGCUCUCGAUUUCCCUCUUCGCCAUCCCCAUCAUUCUCGUCAUGGGCAAGCCCCUUGUUGCCUACGCCAACGACACCCAGCUCCGCUGGUUGAUUCGCGCCUGCUUUGCCGCCCUUGUCGCCAACCGUCUCAACGAGAUGGUCUUGUCCAUGCCUGCUGGCUACCGUACUGGUCGCCGUGGUGGUCGUUACGAGAUUUGGAUGUCUCCUUACAUUGGCUUGUGCAUCAUCCGUUCCUUCGUCCUUCCCACAUGGCUUGGUGGACAGACCCAGGCCUUCAAGCCUACUGGUUCUCUCGGCUCCGCCCUUAACGAACGGGACCCUGUCCUACGCAAGGGUCUCUUCAGGCGUCUCUGGGGUAUCCUCGUCAACUACUGGGCUGGGUACCACAUGGCGUAUGUUUACUUCACACUGGUUGCCGUCGUCCUCACCUGCUACCGCUGCUUCGCCCGCGACGAAGGCCUGCGCGACACCCUCACCGGCCUCCUCACGCACGCCUUCUGGCCGCCCCUAACCUGGGUGUACAUCUGCAACUCAUUUUGGACGCCCAUCUCGUACGCCAUUGACCCGCCCAGCAUGCCUCCCCGCGAGCAGCUCCUCAUCAGGGACCCCAAGACUGGUGUUGCCCACCCCACACCUGCUAGCAAGAAGAUUGCGUUUGCCGGUGACGACGCCUGGUACGAGCUCGAGUACACCAUCACGACAGCCUUCACCUGCGUCGUGUUCGUGGCGACCUUCUUCUUCUAG